CCAGAUGAACUAGAAAAACGUGCUGUUAAAUAUUUACUUAGAAUUCUUCUACAAAUUUCCAGUUAUCCAGAAUAUCUCAAACAAUUAAUUGAUAAUCAUCAGUUUUGUCUAAUCAUAGAAAGUCUUGCCAAUCGUCCAAAACGAGAUGAUGCAAAGCGUAUUUGGUGCAAUAUUCAGCAAAUUAUGUCACCAAAUGAACGAAAAAAAGAAAUUUCAUCAAGAAUCUACAUUAGCUAUGAUCGUACUGACGAAGAGUUUUGUAAAGAAUUUGUAAAAGAGUUGCGUAAAAGAACAACAAUACCAAUUUGGGUUGACUAUGAAAAUGUUGACCUGUCUGAUGAUAUGUGGGAAUACGUAUCUCCAAAUAUUAUAUCGACAACAGUGGUUAUUAUCUUGGUAUCAACAGCCUAUAGUGAAAGUACUGAUAAAUUUCAAGAAUUAUCUUAUAUCAUUUCUACUAAUAAAUCAAGAGAUGAAAAGAAUGGCUUAAUUGUAGUCGCAACUGAAUCUAAUUUCAAUUUCAAUCGAUCUUGGAUGAAAGAACUGUUACAUGACAAGACUAUGAUUUUCUAUGAAAAUAAUAUUGAUCAUAUGGUUUGGAACUUAUGUAAACAGAUUGGUGUGUUGAAGCAACCGCGAAUUAAAUGUCUAAAUUGGCUAUUCAAAAAUGUACGAAGAAAAACAGCUCAAUCUGAUGAUUUUUCAGUCAAAACUUUGAAAUUGAUUCCAGAAAAUGAUAAUCGUGGUCCUCCGAGAAAAACUAUUCGAAGCACCCAUACUUCCGUUUAUCAUCAAUAUCGUGAAGAACUUCGAUCAACACUUGCUGGUGUUAAAGCAAUUGCGUUAACAGUUGAUAUUUGGACGAAGAAUAAAACAUUCUAA